GGCAUUCUACUAUAGCAACUGGGCCCAUAACCCGGUCACUCGCGUUUCGACGGGCUUUCUGGGCCCACGGCCCUUGCUCUCCUACCUUCUGGCUUGAAACGAGAUCACAGCCCUCCUUCUCUUUGUCUCAAAAAAAAAGAGCCCUCCUUCUCUUUUGCUGUGUCGCGCGCCAUGGCAUGCGAGCCGCCGCCGCCGCCGCUACCGAAGAAGCAGAAAUCCCCAGCGGCCGAUCCGACCACCAUAUGCGCCCUCGGCGACGACCUGCUGCGGGAGAUAUUCCUCCGCCUCCCCUCCCUCCCCACCCUCGUCCGCGCCGCCCUCACCUGCCGCGCCUCUCUCCGCGCCGUCCGCUCAUCCCCCGCCUUCCGCCGCCGCUUCCGCGAGCUCCACUCGGCCCCGCUCCUCGGCGUGUUCCUCGACGUCUUCGAGUCCGACACUCCCGCUUUCCGCCCGCUCCGCCUGCACUCUGACCCGGACCUUGCCGCGGCCGUCCGCGGCGGCGAUUUCCUCCUCACCCGCCUCCCCGACGAGAUCGAGGGCGUCGCCCCCGAGUGGGUAAUCCAGGGCUGCCACGACGGGCGCGUCGUCCUCGUCAGCUACAAAACCGGGCACAUGGCCGUCUACAACCCCCUCACACGAGCCCUGGAUCUCUUCCCCAGGCCGCCCGGCGAGAUCUGCGAAGACAUGUACGUCGAGUACCACGUCCUCCCCUCCGACGAAGACCGCGGCCCGUUCCGCGUCAUCUGCGUCUGCCACGAAGCUUGCGGGGCGCAGGCCGCCGUCCUCUCAUCAGAGACCGGGGAGUGGCAGGUCUUCCCGUUUCUGGAGGCCGCGGCCAUGCAGCCUGCCUUGCAGCCUGGGGACGACAACGAGAAGUGUUCUGGCAACGGGACGCUGGUGAACGGGUCCAUCUACUGGACAGACGGGAGCCGAGCCCUUGCGCGCGUGCUGAACACCUCGACAUUGCACUUCUCUCGGAUCGACCUGCCUCCACACAUCGAAGGGCAAGGAGCGCUCACGGCUGGUGAGACCAAGGAUGGGAAGCUCUGUAUCAUCGGCACUGUCAAACUCACACUUGUGGUUUGGUUCCGGAGAACCGACGAUGAUGGUGUCGAGAGAUGGACGCAGCACAAGACCUUUCCGUUAGAGCAGGACAUUCAUGCGCACGAUCACUGUUUCGACAAUGAUCAUAUCGCGCUGAAGGUUCUGGCGAUUGUCAAUGGCUUUGUGUACUUGUCUACUUACUGUGAACCGGAUCGCGAUUUGCCUGGCUUGUUCCUAUCCUUCUGCCUAGAAACAGCAAAGCUGAAUAAGCUCUGCACUGUCCUUUACCCUGAGAGUUUGUAUCCCUACAUCAUGGCGUGGCCUCCUUCUCUGCUGCUCAACGAGCCCACCAGAAACUACUGAAGGGACAUGUGCUCAGCGCGCUGCAUCAUUCAUACGCACACAAAAAAAGGAACAUCUGUACAAGUUCUUUGAUGCUACAGAGCUUGAUGAAACUACUGAAGCAACAUGUACUCGUUGCUGCGCUGCACCAUUCAUAUGCUCCCUGAGGCGUAGAAGAAGAAAGUCUGUUCCAAGUUCUUUCAUGCAUCAUAGCAUGACUGGGCUAGAAGUGGAAUUGCAAGAUAUGGCUACAACAUGCUAGACUUGGGCCAGAAGUGGAAUUAAUUAUCUUCCCUUAGAACUAUCAAUAUACUUUUAGAAAAAAACCCCAAAGAUCUGAGAUGAAGUUAUGCCAUGCCGUUGCUCAAUUUUUCACUGGAGAGAUAUCUGUUGCGUUUCAUACGGAUAAUUAAGGAUAAUACUAUUAAUUAUCUCCUCUUA